AGUUUGGGGGCUCGGGAGCUGGUGGCUGAGCCGCGCCUUCCUCCCGCGCCGCAGUCUCCGACCGACCGCCGUGCCCGACGCCCGUCUCUCCGCGGCCGAACUCCCGCACUCCCUCGGAAACGAUAACCCACAAUUCGUGAAUUAAAACCUAAACUUCUGUGAAUGUAUUACAACUAUUUCACCUUAUUAUAGUGUGUUACAAGUGCCUGUGUUACAGUUUCAUCUCCAAGUGAAUUUUAUUUUACUGUGAUCGCUGUCGAACAAAACACAGCGGUUUAUAAUUGAGCUUUGUUGAAUUAAGGUUAGCAUCAAGGACAACAUUUAAAUGAAGAAUGCGGCGGUGUGACGCAAGUGGUGCGGGGUGAGGCAGUGGACGGGGCGCCAUGAGCGCUCCCGAGCCGGCGGUGCUCAACGCACUGAAGGGCUUCACGGAAUCCAGCGACAAGUGGCCAGGCCCGCGUGCUGUCAAGAUCUUCGUGGCUUCUGUUUACAAUGAAUUCCGUGAAGAAAGAAGACAAAUCCUGGAGAUGGUCGGUCCAGAGUUGCAGUCCACGUACGACGAUCGAUAUAUUGAGAUCGAGUUCGUGGACAUGCACUAUGGUACCGACGGUGGAGACGAAACCAAUCCGGCGUUACUACACCACUACCUCGAUGAAAUCAAAUGCUGCAACCAAACAUCGAAAGCCGGCUACUUUCUGUGCCUCAUCGGCGGCGACGCGUCAUCAUACCAGCCAGUACUGCCCUACCAUAUCCCUGAAGCCAUAUUUGACGAACUGGUCAAGUCUGAGUCGGCACAAGCAGACCUCGUGCGAGCUUGUUACCGGUUGAACGGAGAUGGCAGCUACCACCUCGAAGGGGAGGAUAAGUGGUUCAGCGAUUUGAUGGAUCGUGAAGAACAGCGGAACCGUCUCUUCGAGGUCCAGAAAGCAUUCAACGCCAUAGCUCUGGAGGCUUUAGCCAAUGGUGCUGAUGUGACCAACCUGCUCCGAAGCCCCGUCGAACUACAAUGCGAAUUAGCUUUAAAUCUCCUCUCCAAUGGCAAUCAUCCAAAGGGCAUGAUAGCGGUGUUCAGAGACGUGCCAGAUUUGGAACCUGACGACUCUAAGAUAGCAGCGUUGGCCCACACUAGGUUAAAAGAAUUAAGAAAAAAGCUGGAAGAUGCUUUACCUGAUACACAUGUCAUCACGCUAGAGACAUCUUCAGCGGAUUCGUCGAGGACAGACGGAGCAUCUGACAACGAAGAAAAAUUAUCUCCUUUAAGAGAGAAGGUGCAAGUAGUGGUCAGUUCGCUAGUCGACGAGAGCCUUAGCACCGAACCCGAUCAGGGAAAGGGAAGAAAAAAGACUGUACAGGAAGUAUUUCUGGAACACAUCACUCAUCUUAGGAUAUGUAUAGAACAUAAUCGUUUGUAUAAGGUUAACGUUAAGCAAAUUGAAGAAGCAGCCAAAAGUAUUUUAAAUAACGCUAAGGAAAAUUACGAAAAUCGAACGCGGCAUCCACCAGCUUUAAUAUAUGGACCAGACGCUUCAGGAAAAAGCACUUUAUUGACACACCUUUACUUCAAGUGCGAAGAAAUUUUCCCGAAGCCAGUUUUGAGGAUAGUACGAUUUUCUGCUUCAACACCGAGAUCGGCCUACAAUUUGGAACUGCUUCGAGUGAUGUGUCAACAAAUAUCGAUAAUUUUAAACAUUCCCGAAGGUUAUUUGCCAAAAGACGCGAGUUUUGAUCCUCUCUAUAUAAAUAAUUGGUUCCAAAGUCUGCUUAGAAAAUGUGAGGAGAUGGAAAACGAGAUUUUGUUGAUAUUUAUCGAUAAUGUGCAUAGAGUGAAUCCUUUGGAAUGUGAUAUAGUGACAGGUUUAUCUUGGCUGCCGAUGUCGUUGCCAAGGAAUGUGUUUCUCGUGUGUACUAGUGCCGUAUCUUUAGAACAGCUGCAGCUGACGCCGGCUCAGAAGGAAAAGUUUAAAGUUCAGAACUGUUACUAUUUGUUGGACGCGAUAGAGGAGACUCCGGAGAAUAAUAGCUAUGGAGACUAUAUUGAUGGUGCCUUCGAUAACUUAGAAGUCCUCUUUGGUUCUAAAGCGUUUAGUAAAUUAGCAAGUUACAUAACUUGUUCGGAGUUCGGGCUGACUGAACUAGAACUCUUGGAGCUACUAAUGCCGACCAGCAACAGCGACGCGGUUAUUACACUGAAGGACGCAAACUUUAACUUCUCUACCAUAUGUGUCGCUAAAUAUAUGAUGAAAAACUUAAUAUCGGAAAACGUAGUGUCGGGUCGGUGUACUUGGCGAUGGCGGGCAGCUGCGGCCGGGGCGCGUGCGAGGCGUCGCUACGUGCGAUCUCAGGCCGCACUUAGAGACGCUCACUCCGACCUUGCCGCAUUACAUUUUGCUAACUUCCUCCACGAUGCCGAUGACACAGAUACUUCUGAAGCACAAGAGCCUGUUCGUAUGCUCAUAGGAUGCGUGGAUAACGACGACGAUGCUCUCCUGGACUCGACUCCAUUCCACUCAGCCACCAGAACAGCGGCUGCCUUCACCCAGCGGCACGUGGAAGAGUCCUGGCUUCAUCUGCUAUUAGCUGGAGACUUCUCCAAGCUCAAAGAUCUCACCGUCUGCAAUUUUGACUUCUUACUUGCAUCGGUGCAAACAGUAACGAUAUCGUACCUCCGUUGUAUACUGGAGCACGUGCGCUGCUACAUCCUGGAUAGAGACGUGGAGCUGGUGUACGGAGCAGUCAGGAAGUCCAGUGAUAUCCUCACCAGGGAUCCUAUGCAGCUGGGAGCACAGAUAAUCGCGUGGCUUCGCCCAGCAGUGGCGCGACGCGGUGUACUGGCCACGCUGGUGACUGCAGCAAUGGCCUGGUGCGAUGGUUACGACAAACCUCUGCUUGUACCCCUGAAUGGAUGGUUGCAACCACCGAUAGCAUCAACGGUGCGCGUCCUCUCAGUGGGUGGAUCAACGCCUGGUGCAGGAGCCAGGUUGCUACAACUGGCACCAUCAGGCCAGCAUCUGGUGCUCGCUCCAUCAGCUGGAGACCCUCAGCUAUGGCAUGUCAUGUCCAACUCUAGAGUCCAUACUUUUAAAGGCCAUUCAGGGCGAAUUCUCUGUAUGUGCGUGACUCGCGAGUCACAAUACUUGCUGACUGGAUCCGAAGACACCAGCGUCAUCGUUUGGGACCUCCACACCUUGGCAGUCAAGACUAAAAUACUGGAACACAUAGCUCCAGUGCUGUGUGUAGCGGCCAUAGUGAACAGGUCCCUCGUAAUCAGUGGAGGAGAGGAUUCUGCGGUCAUUGUCACUUCCCUCGUCGAUGGAGCUCUGGUAACCAAACUAGAUCACCACCGAGGCCCAGUAACAGCAGUAAAAGUGAUUCAAGAUGGAGAAAUCCUCGUCACAUGUUCCCAAGAUGGGACAGUAUGUACUUGGAACGUGGAUAACUUCACUCUACUAAGCACCGUCAAUGCUGGAGUUCCUAUAAACACCAUGGAAAUCACAGAUGACAACGUUUUUCUCAUAACUUUGCAAGGAGAAAAUGAAUUGCAUGUCCGGACCUUUAUAACUGGGACUCAUCUUCAUAUAUUGAAGCGUCAUAAGGCUAAGGUGAAAUGUUUCUGCGUGGCCCAUGAUUCGUCGCGCGCGGCAGUAGGCUGUGCUGAUCAGAGGAUCUACCUGUAUAGUCUUCACAGUGCGACCCUCUUGCGCACGUUAGCAGUUGCACAUGAUCUAGCGGCGCUGGCCGUCGCUGAUAAAGACCACUUCUUGCUGGCUGCUGGUGGCAACAGAGUGACGAUUUAUUCGUUCCACACAGAAGACAACUUGACUAAUUUCCGACCAACUAAGCAGACAAAGAGACGCCAAACGAAGUCCAUGACAAAUGUGACAAUGUUACAGGCAGAACAAAGUGAGCUCAUCCCAAUCAGCUGUCUAGAGAUCUCCCGGGAUGGCCAACUAGCUGCCAGUGGCUGUGCCCGAGGCUUGGUCAGAGUAUGGCACCUGUCCACUCACCGUCUUCAAACUACACUAAAUGGUCAUCUUGGUCACGUCACAUGUGUCACCUUCUCUCCAAAUAAUCUCCUGGUCCUCAGUGGAUCUGAAGACAGAACCAUCGUGGUCUGGCAACUAGCUGACAAUUCUCCAUCGCUGACGUACAAGGGGCAUUCAGCAGCGUUGCAAACUUUGCUGAUGAUGUCGGAUGGGAGGCGAGCGAUGUCGGGUGACCGCGCUCGUAAUGUUCACGUGUGGCUUGUAGACUCCGGCAUAGUCUUGCACUCCACCUCAGCGCCUACAGCCAGCCUCGAUGUUACCCUCAACAUGAAGUUCGCCGUUUUAUCGGAUGGCGACAACUCUGUACGUAUCUGGACCCUGGCUGGUGGUGACAGUGGAGAAGAAAAGAGGAAUGUGUCUCACGCAGAAAGGAUUACAUGCUUUGCUUUGACAGCAGAUUCUCAACAUGUCGUCACUGGAUCUAUGGACAUGUCGCUCAAAGUUUGGAAGUUAGAUGGAGGGAAGUUGUCUCAGGUACUAGUAGGCCAUUCGGACAUAGUAACCUGUGUGGCCGUCUCCAUAACAAAUAAGACUCAGAUAGUCUCCGGCUCAUGGGACUGUAACCUCAUCGUUUGGGACAUCAACACUGGAUCGGACCUGCAUUUGUUGUCUGGACAUCUUGGAAAAGUCACCUGUGUGAAGGUCACGGGGGAUGGAACUAUUGCUGUGUCAAGUGCGGAAGAUAAAACACUUAUUAUCUGGGAAACGAAGCGAGGCCUGGCUCUGACAUCGCUGGCCCUGCACGUGCCAUUGCUCGGCUUUCAGAUUACAAGCGAUUGCGCACGUAUCGCUGUACAUCUUUUGGAUAGAGGUUGUCUUCCAAUGAUCUGCCUACACAAUACUCCGGCUACGUAUGUCAAGAUACCAACUUAUGCUGCACCGACCAAAGAUGUUGAUGAGUUGCGGCCGUUAGCGCCGAAGCGUCCUAUGAGAAGAUUGUUGAAGAAAGAAGUUUCGCUGGAUACUUAUACUUGGCAGAAGAAAUAUGGCCACCUUACUUCUGCGGCUAUGAUGGCGCAGGUUGAUGAACGAUUGAAGAGGAGAUUCUCCGUAUCCGCAUCAAUGGAAGAGAUCUCAAAGAUACAAGAAGCGAAGAAUAAGGAUUUAGGUUCACAGGUGAGCUUAGGUCCGGAGGAGGCAGCGAUAGCCCAAUCUCAGCACUUCGAUCAGCUGGAAGCUUUAUGGAACAAGAUAUCGCCGCCGCGCCGACGGUCCAAUAAGUCACUAACGAAACAGAGCUCGUUAAUCGAGAGCCGAUUCGACUCAUCUGAUGAAGAACACACACCCGUUGAGGAACAAGAACACAUGGUGGAGUAAAAGUAAUAUGGGAAAAGGUUUAUUAAUUUAGUUCUAAUUAGUAUCGUAGAUAUUGUUUGUCUCAUAUGAGCUGGUCUCAUUUCUUUACUGAGUAUUAUUUCAAAUUAUUGUUCACUACGAUUGUUUAUCAAAGAUAAUUUACUAGGAGAAGUAAUUAAUAUAUUUUGUGCCAUAUGUUUUCAAUCGUGGAUAUGCUAAGUAUUUAUGUACAUUUCAGCAAUGAUUUUCUGUAAUAUCUAGAUGUGUAUUGGUAUAUAUUUUCUUUAUUUUAAAGAUAUAAAAUCUGUUACAAUUUUAUUGAAAACGUAUGCAAGUUAAAAGCAAAUACGAAGUAUGUUAAAUUAAAGUAGACUCUAAAGAACUACGAAUUAAGUAAAUAUUUAUUGCUAAAUCGCUGAAACUGUUGUUGGAGUAUAUAACUAAGUAAAUUAUUAAUAAAAUAAAUAUAUACGCAUUGUGAUCUUCUAGACUUUACUAGCUUCCUUUUGGGGCCAGUUUCUUAUACAAAACAAAACGACUUUUACAACUUCAACGACUAAACAUGUCCACUUUAUACAUAACCUAAAACUAUGUCCAAAAACUGAGAAAUAAUUUUAUUAAAAUCUAUUAGAAACUGGUCUCUAUGUAGUUGGUUAUACUAUAACUUUGAUUCACGCUAUGAAACUGUGUCAGCACACUGUUGAAUAAGUAUUUCGUAGGUACAGUUAGACUAAUUAGCAAUAAGUAUUUUAAUUAAAAUUACUUCUUGAUGCCUGUUUUUAUGCUGUUAGAAAAUUUUACGAAUAAUUUUUUGAGCUUUAAUAUUCUGAGGUCGAAAUGAAUAGACGUUUUUGCAGUGCACUGUACUUAAAACAACAGACUAGUAAUUAUGUCCCUUUCGCACAACUGAUGUCUUCAUACAAGAGAUAGAGAUAGAUAGAUUGUUUGAAGUUUAAUUAUGCUUAUAAACGGCUAUUUAUUAUGACCUAGCUUCUAUUUAUUAAUUACUUACAUAUUUGAUGUUAAAAACGAAUUCGCUGUAGUUUUAAAACUGCGUUUGAGAAUAAAAAAUUGGGCAUUAUUUUUUUAAUUACUAUUUAUUUUCUAUAUAAUUAGUUAUCUUACCAAAGUUAUUUCUUUUUAAUAUAAAAGGGCUUUUGUGUGAUAAAGUUAUAUUUGUUCAAUAUUAUUCUAGAAUUUAAUAGUUAGUUCGUUUCCAUUUAUUAUUAAAAAGUUGAAUACUACCAACUGUUACAAGUUUCAAAUUAAGUUAUUUUUAUUCAUUGUUGAAUGUUCUGUUAAUGAUAUCAAUUAUAUAUUUAAUAGUUAAAUAAGUACUAUAGAUAUAGAGUAGUUUAAGUAGAUAUUAGAUUGUAAUUUCCCCGAUUUGUGUAUCGAACUAGUGUUUUCCAACUGUGAUCCCUCAUAAAGACUUCUAUUUAAGUACACAUAGUAAUCAAAGCUACAAAGUCCUUAUGAAUAGUUAGAGUAAUAUAAUCGUCUGUUAGACACGAUCUACCUAUUGAAAUGUUUUACUAAGUGGUUAUAUUCAACACUUUUUUAUCUUUUUUCGACCAAAAUAAUCCCAAAAAUUGUUUUGCAAUAUCACAAAUGAUAGAAAUAAUAAUAACAAGGGUUUGUAUUCUUGUUGUUUAUCUACAAUUUAUUGUGUAUUUUAAACUUUAGCAAUAGUGAUUUUUUACACUUAUUCCUAAAUAUUUAAACGGUGUUUUGUAAACCAUCGUACUCAGAGUCAUUUAAUGGUUACUUAACCCAGUCCUUAGUAAAUGUUAUCGAUACAAAAUCGUUACUAAGGAAUAGUUUAAGUAAUCAUUACAUGUCUCUGAGCACGGCAAAAAUACCCUUAUAAUAAGCUUUUGCACCUUGCGAUAACAUUUUAUCCUGUGACUGUACCGAGUGUUAAGAACUAUCUUUACUAUUGUUUUAUUUAUUGAGAAACGAUCUUCUUCAGUUAAAUUGUUUAAAUCUUUUAUUCUAUCAAUAAAUAUAAAGUAACUACUACGUUGGUCAUAGAUGUAAUUAAAAAUUUGAUUGAAGCAGUGAUUAAAUGCUAUUGGUAGAAUUUUAGUUAAGUAGUAUUUCUAAAAUUUUAAUGUUGCUACUAGACGUUACUUACAUAUGUAUAAAUUAGACAAUGCAAUAAUAUUUCAUAAGUAGAUGCACUUACUUGUAGUAUAGGCAAAAGGACUCUUCUGAAUAGCAUUUGAAUGGAAACAGAGCUCUGCACUCUACGCUUCUUAAGUCAAUCUGUCACAAAGCUAAAAGUGUUUUGAAGGGAAACUCGAUAGAUGUUUACACUUGAGGACGGGAUAACUUGAGAGUGAAUCACUUUGUUGAAUUCAUACUCUGACGUACUGUAGAAGCCAACACCCAAGUUGAAAGCGUUUGUUUGUAAAUCGAUGUGAGAGCAUUUAUAUGUCCUCGAGUGUACCGGUUCACAAUAAGUUUGAAUAGUAUAAUCGUUAAACACUGUCACCUUGUUAACUAUUUGUAUAGAGUUUUAUAUAUUUAUCGUUUCUUAUUCCUCACUGAUGUGAGUUUUAUUUUUGACCUAUCGUGGCAUUAUAUCUGAAAAUAUAUCCUCUGUGUUUCUUA